GCGCGCCCAGACGGAGCUGAGCCGCGAUGGAAUUAGCCCGCGGCCGCGUAAGCCUGUGGAGAAGCUCGCGCGGCCGCGGGGCCGUCCAGGCUUCGCGUCCCCCGUGCCCGCGGCAUGGCUUCCCCGGGGCUGCGCGAUAUUCCCCAGCUCCCUGGCUCCCCACGCCGGCUGAGCCCUCGAACAGUGGCCAGAGGGGGCCAGCUCCCCAAACGUGGACAACAGCAUCUCAAGGUGCCAGGCCCCCGGGUGCCAGCUCCACGGGGCAGUUCCAGUGGAGAGCGCGCCCACAGCAGCUCUGUCAUCAACAACUACCUGGAUGCCAAUGAGCUUGUGUCCUCAGAGGCCCGUCUGAGCCGCAUGCACUUCCGCGACAACCAGAGGAAGGUUGAUUAUGUGCUGGCCUACCACUACCGGAAACGUGGGAUGCACCUGGGCCAUGGCUCCCUGGGCCACUCGCUGGCUAUUGUCUCCAAUGGGGAGACGGGCAAGGAGCCCCACGCUGGGGGCCCUGGUGACGUUGAGCUAGGGCCCCUGGAUGCCCUGGAGGAGGAGAGGAAGGAGCAGCGGGAAGAGUUUGAGCACAACCUGAUGGAGGCUGGACUGGAGUUGGAGAAAGACCUGGAAAAUAAGAGCCAGGGAUCCAUCUUUGUGCGGAUACACGCCCCGUGGCAGGUGCUGGCCAGAGAGGCAGAAUUCUUGAAGAUCAAAGUUCCCACCAAGAAAAUGUACGAGAUCAAAGCAGGAGGCAGCAUUGCGAAGAAGUUCAACGCGAUUCUGCAGAAGCUCAGCUCGCCUCUGCAGCCCAGAGUCCCAGAGCAUAGCAACAACAAGAUGAAGAACCUGUCUUACCCAUUCUCCAGGGAGAAGAUGUACCUGUACAACAUCCAGGAAAAGGACACCUUCUUCGAUAAUGCCACCCGAAGCCGCAUCGUGCACGAGAUUCUGAAGCGCACAGCCUGCUCCCGAGCCAACAACACGAUGGGUAUUAACUCUCUGAUAGCAAACAAUAUCUAUGAGGCUGCCUACCCCCUCCACGAUGGUGAAUACGAUAGUCCAGGGGAGGAUAUGAAUGACAGAAAGCUGCUGUAUCAAGAGUGGGCACGAUAUGGAGUGUUUUACAAGUUUCAACCUAUUGACCUCAUCAGAAAGUAUUUUGGAGAAAAAAUUGGAUUAUAUUUUGCCUGGUUGGGAUUAUAUACAUCAUUCCUUAUCCCAUCUUCUGUAAUUGGAGUGAUCGUAUUUCUUUAUGGAUGUGCAACAAUUGAAGAAGAUAUUCCCAGCAGAGAGAUGUGUGACCACCAGAAUUCCUUCACCAUGUGUCCCCUGUGUGACAAGUCCUGUGAUUACUGGAACCUCAGCUCAGCCUGUGGAACCGCGCGAGCCAGCCACCUGUUUGACAACCCAGCCACCGUCUUCUUCUCCAUCUUCAUGGCCCUGUGGGCUACUAUGUUUCUGGAAAACUGGAAGAGACUACAGAUGCGACUGGGCUACUUCUGGGACCUGACUGGCAUAGAAGAGGAGGAAGAACAUUCCCGGCCUGAGUAUGAAACCAAAGUUCGAGAGAAAAUGCUAAAGGGGAGCAACAAGUCGGUUGUCCAGAAACUGGAAGUGAGCACGCCUGAGGACGAGGAGGAUGAUGAAGAUAAACUGACCUGGAAAGAUCGUUUCCCGGGUUACUUGAUGAACUUCGCCUCCAUCUUGUUCAUGAUUGCCCUGACGUUCUCGAUUGUCUUCGGGGUGAUUGUAUAUCGGAUCACAACCGCAGCUGCUCUGUCUCUCAACAAAGCCACGCGCUCCAAUGUCCGGGUCACAGUGACAGCAACAGCAGUUAUCAUCAACCUUGUGGUCAUCCUUAUCCUGGAUGAGAUCUAUGGGGCUGUAGCUGCGUGGCUCACCAAAAUUGAGGUUCCGAAAACAGAACAGACUUUUGAAGAGCGCUUGAUACUCAAAGCUUUCUUGCUAAAGUUUGUCAAUGCCUACUCCCCCAUCUUCUAUGUGGCCUUUUUCAAGGGGAGGUUUGUGGGAAGGCCUGGAAGCUAUGUCUAUGUGUUCGAUGGUUACCGCAUGGAAGAGUGUGCUCCAGGGGGCUGCCUCAUGGAGCUCUGCAUUCAGCUCAGCAUCAUCAUGUUGGGGAAACAGUUGAUCCAGAACAACAUCUUUGAGAUCGGAGUCCCGAAGCUAAAGAAACUGUUUCGAAAACUGAAAGAUGAGACAGAACCUGGAGAAACGGACUCUGCCCAUUCCAAACAUCCAGAGCAGUGGGACCUAGACUACAGCUUGGAACCAUACACAGGACUGACUCCAGAAUACAUGGAGAUGAUCAUCCAGUUUGGUUUUGUCACCCUCUUUGUGGCCUCCUUCCCUCUGGCACCUGUGUUUGCCCUUCUCAACAAUGUCAUUGAAGUGCGGCUUGAUGCAAAGAAGUUUGUGACAGAGCUGCGACGGCCUGAUGCUGUGAGGACCAAAGACAUUGGAAUCUGGUUUGACAUUCUCUCUGGAAUCGGCAAGUUCUCUGUUAUCAGCAAUGCUUUUGUCAUCGCCAUCACCUCUGACUUCAUCCCCCGCCUCGUGUACCAGUACUCCUACAGCCACAAUGGGACUCUGCAUGGCUUUGUCAACCACACCCUCUCCUUUUUCAACGUCAGCCAGCUGAAGGAAGGAACACAGCCUGAAAACUCACACUUUGACCAGGAGGUUCAAUUCUGCAGGUUUAAGGACUACCGAGAGCCACCAUGGGCUCCGAACCCAUAUGAAUUUUCCAAACAGUACUGGUCUGUCCUGUCAGCCCGUCUGGCUUUUGUCAUCAUCUUUCAGAACCUCGUGAUGUUCCUGAGCGUCCUUGUGGACUGGAUGAUCCCAGACAUCCCCACGGACAUCAGCGAGCAGAUCAAGAAAGAGAAGAGUUUACUGGUGGAUUUCUUCCUGAAGGAAGAGCAUGAGAAGCUCAAGGUGAUGGAUGAGCCAGCCCUGAGGAGCCCGGGAGUGAGUGAGUGGGCCAGGAGCCGGGCAGUCAGCGCAGCACCCUCCGGCCGAAGCCAGCCGGGCAGCGUGGCGUCCCCAGGUUCUCAGCACACCAAUGUGUGAACCGACCGGCCGCCGCAGAGGGGACCCAGGCAGCAGCUUCCUGUGCUACAGCAUGUGCAGGGGGUCUUAGGGGGGUACAUGAAGGCAGAGAGAGAUUGAGAGAGCACGAGUGUAAGAGGGAAGAGAGCGGAUACCGCUCCUCAGAAACCGGCUUGUGUUCCUUUUAGGUCCUUUUCAAAGCUAUAUCCUUUGGGGGAUUGGAGCCCCAUUGGAGUCUCUCCACCCCAGAGUCCCCAGGCACCAGGAGCCUUCCUGUGUUCCCUGUGGUAUGCUUAGUCUGGAUCACUGUCCCUCCUCCUGAUACUUGAGUCACUUGCAGCAGAGCUGUCACCAAUGCAAACUACGUUACAGGGCUGAUGGCUGCGGCCACAGGACCUGAUGGUGAGGAGCAAAGGCCCAAACCUGGGGAUGUCUCCAGUUCAUAUCAUAAGGACACUCGGAGCUAAAUACAACUAACUAUUUAUUUUAUGCAAGUUCAGAUUUAAAAUAA